AGAUAUUACUGAUCCAUGGAGCGGAACAGAUGUUCCACAAACGAGUAAUAAUAAAUGUGAAAACUUUUUCGAAGAUUCUUUUGUAGUUAAUCAGUCACAACAUAUCAGGUUAGCUGAUUCAGAAGAAUAUUUGGAAAAACUUUAUUCCAGACUUAGAAUUCUUCAAAAAGGUACAUCAAAAAAAGAUCUUAUAACAUCUUUAUAUGUGGCAAAAGAAGAUUCUAUUGCACGAUUAAUAACUUCUGGAUGUAAACUUGAAACAGAAGAAGAUACUGAACUUGUUUCAAAUCCUUUAAUAAGACAUAUAGCACCUCAUUUACAGGCAUUAACUGCUAGUGAAUUAGUUCAUCUUUUGAAAGCAGAUAUUCUUCAAAUUAUUAAUGAGUCUGAACAACAAGAAGAAAUUGACUAAAAAAUAAAUAAAUUAUAAAUUAUCUAUUUAAAGAAUAAAUAUCUAUUUAAAUAACAAUUAAAAUUUAAAAAAAAAUAUGUCAGUUAAAAUAUUAUCUGGAAAAGUAUUUUUAGUAAUAACUGGUGCAAGUCGUGGAAUUGGAAGACAACUUGCAAUUUCAUUUGGUUCAAUUUUAGAAAAAGGUUCACAUAUUCUUCUAUUAGCAACAAAUCUGAAUGCUUUAAAAGAAACAGCAAAAAAUAUUCCACCAAGUAUAUUUGUUGAUACUGUUAGUAUUGAUUUAGCUAAAGCAACAAAAGAUAAAUUGUAUGAUAUUAUUAUACAAUCUUUAAAAAAUGAGAUUUUGGAUCAGUUUGAUCAUGUAGUUGUAAUACACAAUGUUGGUUCAAUAGGAAAUAUUAAUCAAUAUGCAAAUGAUUUAACAGAAUUAAAUGUUUGGCAUGAUUAUUAUGAUUUAAAUGUGUUUAUUCCUGCUAUAUUAAAUGGAGUUAUUAUGAAAAUAUUUAAUAAAAAUACAAAUACUAAAAAGCUAGUUAUAAAUAUUACAUCAUUGCUUGGUAUAAAACCAGAAAAAUCAAUGGCCUAUUAUUGUAGUGGAAAAGCAGCCAGAGAAAUGUUUUUUAAAGUAUUUGCAUUAGAAAAUCCACAAGUGAAUGUAUUAAAUUAUUCACCAGGACCAGUUGAAACUGAUAUGUAUCAUGAAGUUUGCACUAAAAUAGCUGAUGAAGAAGUUAAAACACAGUUUAAUGAUUUGUUAACAAAAAAAACGAUUUUAACUUGUGAAAAAACAGUUAACCGUCUUUUAACGAUUCUUGAAGAACAAAAAUAUAAAUCUGGUGAUCAUGUUGAUUAUUAUGAUGAAUUAUAAAUUAUAUAGAUUUAUCAAGAUAGAAAUUAUUUACAUUUUAUUAUCUUUUAUGAAUUUCACAAAGAAAUAAAUUUCUAAUCAAAUUUAAGUAGAAUUAAUUACAAUUGAUUAUAUUUUAUUGACUAUUAUUGUUAUAUUAUAAAAACGAAACAAUAUAAGUUCUUAAAUAUUUACAUUAUAACAUAUUAAAUUCUUUCAUAAUAAUAUAAUACAAUAUAAUACAUAUAUGUUCAUUUUAAUUUUCUUUUAAAAUAAAUAUUUAUCAAAGUUUA